AUGCCACCUCCAAACAAAUUGAAAUUACCCAAACAACUGAUUGAACAAUUGGGAGGUGAAGAUGCCCUUUCCAGGAAAAGAAAAGGUGGUAGUGGUGGUGGAAGACCAACAGCGAGGAAAGACCUGAGAAAAGCUGCGAGAGCUGAGAAGAAAGAAUUGAGAUCCGGACCACCUCCUGCGAAGAGAUCGAAGAUUCAGCAUCACCGAGAUUCUGCGCCACGUUCCGAGGCGCCCAGCAAACGCGAGUCCAAUUAUCGGCCCGCAGAACAGCAUAGCAAAUCUAGCAUAGAAGCUAAACCUAAAUCUAUCCUCAAAACUACGAAGAAGCGCGACCCCGUACCGCGGCAAGAUUCGCGGUCUAUAAGUCCACCACCAAGAAGAGUCCCUCAGAUAGUCAAGGAUAAGCUGGCGGAUGAAGACGCUGAGAUCGCCGCAUUGGAAAAGAAACUAGGAUUAAAAGGAAAGAAGAAGAAGCCUGGUGGGUUCGAUGAAGACGGGCUUGACGAUCUGCUGGGUGAUUUGGAUGAGGCAGAAGAUGAGGAUGUUGUAGAGAAAGAGAAAGCGAAAGCUGAAGGUGAUGAGUGGCUUGAGAAGAAGAGGAAGGAGGCGAGAGAGAGGGGGUCUGCCCGAAAUCUGGCCAAAAUAUCCGAAGUGAGAAAUGAUAUCGACAAUAGCGACAGCAAUUCCGACGAUAGUGAGGGCGAUGACGAUAUAAGUGGCCUCUCAGAAAUAUCAUUGGAUGCGGAUGAAGAUCUAUUCCCUGACGACGAUUCAGGAGACGGAUCAGUUGAUGAAGACACUGGAGAUGUUCUGUUUAGUGACGCAAACGAAAGUGACGCCUCUGGUGGCUUUGAUGAGUCUGAGGAAGAGGGCGAGCUUGAGAAUCCAACCCAACGAGUACGAGAAAAUCCCUAUGUUGCGCCAACGAACGGAGGAGAAAAGCCUCAAAAGUACAUACCCCCUUCACUUCGAAAGCCUGCAGCAUCUGAAUCAGAGUCUUUGACUCGCUUACGGAGACAGACCCAAGGUCUGGUUAACCGAUUAACAGAGGCAAAUUUGAUUUCCAUCUUAGGAGAAAUAGAAAAUUUAUACAGACAAAAUGCGCGGCAGCAUGUUACUUCAACACUGGUUGAUUUGUUGCUGAACUCAGUCUGCGAGCCCACGAGCUUACCUGAUACGCUCAUCAUACUCCCCGCUGGGUUUAUUGCUGCUGUUUACAAAAUCAUUGGAAUGGACUUUGGCGCGCAGGUUGUCCAAAGGGUUGUGGAACUAUUUGACGAACAUUAUGAAAGAGCUAGUGCCACCCCAGAGAGCAGCAAGGAGACAUCAAACUUGGUCAUGCUGUUGUCGGAACUAUAUAACUUUCAGGUUAUCGGUAGUAAUCUCAUUUAUGACUAUUUCAAGCUAUUCCUUGGGAAAUUAUCGGAACUCAAUGCAGAGUUAUUAUUGAAGAUUAUUCGAGCUUCAGGUCCACAACUGCGGCAAGAUGAUCCAUCGUCAUUGAAGGACAUUGUAGCCAUGUUACGGCCAGCAAUCACAAGUGCAGGUGGGGAGGAGAACAUGUCGGUACGAACGAAAUUCAUGAUUGAAACGAUCAACGACCUGAAAAACAACAAAAUGAGGACUGGCCAAGCGGCAUCGGCGGUUAAUUCGGAGCACACUAUCCGUAUGAAGAAAACUUUAGGCACGUUAAAUACGCGAAGUAUCAAGGCCAGCGAACCACUUAGGAUGGGACUUAAAGACAUCAAGGAUUCCGAUAAAAAGGGCAAAUGGUGGCUCGUUGGAGCAAGUUGGGCCGGAAACAGCACAAAUGAUAAAACGCCAGGCGAUAGUCACAUCAGCAACACAGCUCAAGUUGAAGACAGCGGAACUUCCGACCUCCUCGUCCUCGCCCGCGAACAGCGUAUGAACACUGAUGUUCGUCGGGCAAUUUUCAUAACCAUCAUGUCUGCCACCGAUUUUCAAGACGCAUACCUCAAACUUCUGAAACUCAAACUUAAAAAGGUCCAAGAGUACGAGAUUCCGAAAGUCCUCAUCCGUUGCUCUGGCGCGGAGAAGAGUUACAAUCCUUAUUAUACUUUGAUUGCAAAGAAGACCUGCGGAGAUCGAAGGUUGAAAACAGCUUUCCAAUUUUGUCUAUGGGAUCUUUUCAAGAAACUUGGAGAAGGUGACGAAGACGUUGAUGAUGUUGAUGAGGAUGAGGAGAUUGAUAUGAGACAUAUUGUCAAUCUCGCCAAGAUGUUCGGGAAUUUAAUCGCUGAGAAUUGUCUCAAUCUUACCGCCCUCAAGAAUCUGAAUCUUGCGUAUCUCCAACCCAAGACUAAAACUUUUAUUGAGGUGUUGCUCGUUACGGUCCUCUUGCAAUCUCAGAAGAGCGCGAAAGGAAACGAUGAACAGGCCGUUAUUUCUUUGAUCAGCAAGGUGAAGGACACUCCGUCACUCAUUACGGGACUGCAGUAUUUCUUGAGGAAAGUGGUUGGUAAAACGGAUAUCGCAGGGGGGAAGGAGCAGAAACUUACUGUCAAGUGGGCAUGUAAAGUUGCGAGAGAGGCGUUGGAAGCUAUGGCUGCCAUGGAUACUGUAAAGUUUUGA